CUACCCGGACGCGCGGUACGGCGCAUGUCAUGACGCUAGGGGAGUGCCUGGAAGCGGAAGUGGGUCAGUCGGUGGGUGCUGGGGUGCGGAAGCGUCUGGUGGAGGAGGCCGCGGUUUCGGCGCUGUGGGCGGAGGGGAGCUUCCCCACCGGCACCCGCGGGCCUGCUCUCUCUUCUCCAGUGAACCCCCGACGCUGCGCUAUGGCGAGCCCCAACAUGCAGAAAGCAAUAGACCUUGCUAGCAAGGCAGCACAAGAAGAUAAAGCAGGAAACUAUGAGGAAGCCCUCCUCUUGUACCAACAUGCUGUGCAGUAUUUUCUCCAUAUUAUUAAAUAUGAAGCACAGGGUGAUAAAGCAAAACAAAGCAUUAGAAUGAAAUGUAGAGAAUACUUGGACAGAGCAGAACAGCUGAAAGAAUAUCUGAAAAAGAAAGAAAAAGCUGCACCAAAACCAGUUAAAGAGUCUGGUCCUGCUGAUGGAAAAGGGAAUGACAGUGAUGGUGAAGGGGAGUCAGAGGAUCCUGAAAAAAAGAAGCUACAGAAUCAACUUCAAGGAGCAAUUGUUAUGGAGCGACCAAAUGUUAAAUGGAGUGAUGUUGCUGGCCUCGAAGGUGCCAAAGAAGCACUUAAAGAAGCAGUGAUCUUGCCCAUUAAAUUUCCACACCUAUUUACAGGAAAACGAACACCCUGGAGAGGGAUUCUGCUGUUUGGACCACCAGGGACAGGAAAGUCUUAUUUAGCAAAAGCUGUGGCAACAGAAGCAAACAACUCUACCUUCUUCUCAGUAUCUUCCUCUGACCUUGUAUCAAAGUGGUUAGGUGAAAGUGAAAAAUUAGUGAAAAACUUGUUCCAGCUUGCCAGAGAAAACAAACCUUCUAUUAUCUUCAUUGAUGAGAUAGAUUCCCUCUGCGGGUCAAGAAGUGAAAAUGAAAGUGAGGCUGCCAGACGGAUAAAAACAGAAUUUCUAGUCCAGAUGCAAGGGGUUGGUGUUGACAAUGACGGAAUCUUGGUCUUGGGAGCAACAAACAUACCCUGGGUUUUGGAUUCUGCUAUCAGGAGAAGGUUUGAGAAGCGUAUUUAUAUUCCUUUACCUGAAGACCAUGCCAGGGCUGCAAUGUUCAAACUUCACCUUGGGUCCACUCCACAUCUCCUAACAGAAGCAGAUUUUCGAAAGCUUGGAGAAAAAACUGAGGGCUAUUCUGGUGCAGAUAUAAGCAUCAUUGUACGCGAUGCACUGAUGCAGCCUGUUAGAAAAGUGCAAUCAGCUACUCACUUUAAAAAAGUAAAAGGACCAUCAGUGUCUAAUCCAAAUACAGUGGUAGAUUUGUUCACCCCUUGCUCCCCAGGUGAUCCUGGAGCCAUAGAAAUGACAUGGAUGGAGGUUCCUGGUGAUAAAUUACUGGAGCCUCAAGUUUCCAUGGCUGAUAUGCUCAGGUCGCUAGCUAGCACAAAACCAACAGUUAAUGAACAGGACCUGGAGAAGUUAAAGAAGUUUACAGAAGAUUUUGGUCAGGAAGGCUAAACCAAAGAUAUAUGUGGAGCAUUAGAACUCUUUUUUCCCUUUCUUAAGUAUUCUUGUGUCUUUACUGAUGGCACUUCAAAUAAAUGCCAAUAAAAUCACUCCUUUCUGACUUUGCAGAAGGAAUACAAGGUACCUUUGCAAAGACCCUUAAGCUUUUGUAUUGUAUUGUUUUCCUCAGAUGUCUAUUAAAUGUCUUUUACUGAAAAAUAAUAUGAAAAUACAAUUUUAGGGUGAGGCAGCAAAGUGAUGUGGUAAUGUCUAUUAAAUGCUAGAAAACUUUAAAUCAUUAGUUCCAUUUUAGGUAUUACAUUAAACCUGGGUACAAGUGAGUUUUAAACUCCCAGUAGGCUCAAAAACCCCUUUUUGCAGGUGGAAGAGAACAUAUUUGGGUGUUUUCAGUACCAGUCAAUCAGUUUCCAUAUUAAUUGCUCUCCUUUCAUAUAGAAAAAUGUAUCAAAAUUUGCUACUCAAGCAUAUGGCAAGUGUGGGUUUGCUAUUAAAGUAAGGAGAAAACACUGUGAGGGUAAGACUACAUGGGCCAGUACUUUAUUUAAAUACUGAUGGAACUGGUAUUUGGCUUUUUCUGCUAUACUGUGUCAGAAUUUUGCCUUAAAGAGGAAGGUUUUGUUUUUAUCUCUUUACUAGCUGAUACGCACUGUCACUAUGCAAUUUAGCAGAAGUUUGUUAAAUGCAAAUAUGUGGGAAGGUGUUUACUGGCUGUUCUUGUUUUGGAGUUUUGGGGUUUUUUUUUAUUGUUGUCUCUAAAUCUCAAUUUACUUUCUGCAGGAGUUUGACUGAAGUUACAAAAAAACAUUAGUAAUAUCCUGUAAGAUUCCACAUGUCAAAGCUGGCAAGGUGUAGGUAGUCUUUGGAGAAUGUAUGGGAGAUAUUCUGGGAAGUAGCAUGCUUUCACGUGCGAGGAGAGUAUAACAGAUGUUUUAGCCACAGACUUUCUGGUGAUAAAUUAACCCAGAACUCUACUGAUAACUGUUUCAUAUGUUACAUCAAUUUAGUGCUUAAACUUGGAGAGAAAGCUUGCAGUUUAGUACAGUAGUAGCACUUCUAUUGGUCUUUUUCUGAAGAAACACAAAUUGAGAUGUGCCUGAAUGUGACUUACAACACUUCUGUGUCAGCAUUGAGUUUGUGCCUUGUAAGUUUGCACUGGCUGUAGAUACAAAACAUCCUUAGGAUACUCUGUUCCAGGAUCAUUGUACAACUAUCUUGUAUAGGCUUUGUUUAACUUGCAUUAAAAGAAAUUUGCACAUUUUGUGUGUGUAUGUUACAGGUACAUAUACACAUACAUGAUCCAUCUUUCAGUGGGGUUUCGUUUCCUUUAUGUACAUAUUUUAUGUACUUCAUAAAUCAUAGGAUGGGUGAAAUUUGCUGUACUUCAUUUAAGUAAAAUGUUAAGAGUACAACACCA